AUAUUUAGGCUGUUAGUGGCUCAAUGUUGUGGCCUUGGGAUACAUUACACCAGCCUUCACCCUCACUACCUGUUAUAUUAUUGUGGUCUCACCAGGAUGACAUACAUUGAUCUUAAGGAUGAGAUCUGCAAUACAUGGCUAAGGUUGACUCCUGAGCAGAUGGCACAAAUGCGCAUAGCUCUGUUAGAAGUUUCUAGCUCAGUUGGGGAAUUUCCAAGGAUGAGAGAGAUCAGCAGGUGUGCUGACGUAUCUUCUGCUCUAGUUCUUCUUGAAAGAUGGAGGCUUCUGACACCACAAAAAGUAGACAUUCUGCAAUGGCUAGCAGAACAAGUUGGACCCCAUACCGAGAUGGUACGAGCACGUAUAGAACAGUACAAAAAACUUUUCCUCCCGCCAUUGAAUGCCCAUGAGGAUGAAACAUAUUGUUUCAGGUUCAAUCCUAAUACAGAUCCUGAUCCAUUGCCCCAUCACCCAGUUUAUGAUAAGAUGUGUGAGUAUUUAAGUGAAAACUUGAGAGGGCGCUGGGCAGAUCUUGGUCGUUCUCUUGGCUUGACUAAUCUUGUCAGUGAACUCUUUCGUGAACAGUCCAUACGACAAAAGGAUAAAAUUUAUCAGAUUUUAGAAGAGUAUAGAAGGAAAGAGUUAAGUGACCCAAUCACAGGAGUGUUGCGGGCCCUGGAGAGAUGUAGUCUCAACCGCCAGCGUAACCACAUAAUCAAGGAAAUUGUGACCAAGUGACCGGUAUGAUUUUUUCAAAUCACAACUCAGUAGAGUACUGUACUUACUUACAUUUCUUGUAAAAGUCAGUAUUACAGUAUUUUUAGUGUAGUACUAGUGGUAGAAGUUGUAGUAACACUAAUACUGUAAUAGGAAUGAAGAGCUAUACAGGUGUAUCUUGAAAACUAUUAAAUUCAUUUUCUGAAAUAUUCAAGAAUGAGGGCCAUUGGUACACAAAUUACUGUAUUUACACAAAGAAAUAUUUUGUCAGUUUUGAAUUUAUUAUUAUGGGGGAGAUAUUGUAGCCAGAAGAAGAAAAAUAUUUUCAAGUUGGGCACCUCAGAAACUGUUCAAUUGAUUAUUCUGAAAUUUUUGGGAUGCUGGCCUUUAUGCUCAAAACAUACAGAUAAAGGUAUUACAGGAAACCCUCAACAUUCACAAGGGCUGCCAGUAGAAUGCUUUGGAAAUGGAAUCCACAGGAAUGGAAGUUAAUGAUUUAUGGGAAUAGUGUACCACCUAGUCAGGUUCAGUACAUUAUACCUGCAGCCAGUUUCAAUGGAGAAAAUUGAUAUUCAUUUGUCAACAUUUUGUAAUACAGUGAUCCCUCGGUUAACGAGCGUCUCGGUUAACAAGUUACCUUCCAUAAGAUUCUUAACUUCGGUUAAUGAGCAAUCCCUCGAUUAACGAAAUUUUUACGAGCCGACCUCAACAUGU